AUGUCAUUCAGACCAGGUAGUAGAGGUGGUUCCCGCGGUGGUUCCCGUGGUGGUUUCGGUGAUAGAGGUGGCAGAGGUGGCUCCAGAGGUGGCUUCGGUGGUAGAGGUGGUUCCCGUGGUGGCUUCGGUGGUGACAGAGGCGGCAGAGGUGGCUUCGGUGGUAGAGGUGGUAGAGGUGGUUCUCGUGGUGGCUUCGGUGGUGAUAGAGGCGGCAGAGGUGGCUUCGGCGGUAGAGGCGGCAGAGGUGGCGCCCGUGGUGGUGCUGCCGGUGGUGCCCGUGGUGGUGCCAAGGUUGUUAUCGAACCUCACAGACAUGCUGGUGUCUACAUUGCCAGAGGUAAAGAAGAUUUGUUAGUUACCAAGAACAUGGCCCCAGGUGAAUCUGUUUACGGUGAAAAGAGAGUUUCCGUUGAAGAACCAUCCAAGGAAGAUGGUGUUCCACCAACCAAGGUCGAAUACCGUGUUUGGAAUCCUUUCAGAUCCAAGUUGGCUGCCGGUAUUAUGGGUGGUUUGGACGAAUUAUUCAUUACCCCAGGUAAGAAGGUUCUAUAUCUAGGUGCUGCUUCCGGUACUUCUGUUUCUCACGUUUCGGAUGUUGUUGGCCCAGAAGGUGUUGUCUAUGCUGUCGAAUUUUCUCACAGACCAGGUAGAGAAUUGAUCUCUAUGGCUAAGAAGAGACCUAACAUUAUUCCAAUUAUUGAAGAUGCUAGACACCCACAAAAAUACAGAAUGUUGAUUGGUAUGGUUGACUGUGUCUUCGCAGAUGUUGCCCAACCUGAUCAAGCUCGUAUUAUCGCAUUGAACUCUCAUAUGUUCUUGAAGGACCAAGGUGGUGUUGUUAUUUCUAUUAAGGCUAACUGUAUUGACUCUACUGUUGAUGCUGAAACUGUUUUCGCUAGAGAAGUCCAAAAGUUACGUGAAGAACGUAUCAAGCCAUUAGAACAAUUGACUUUGGAACCAUACGAAAGAGACCAUUGUAUCGUCGUUGGUAGAUAUAUGAGAAGUGGUUUGAAGAAAUAA